AUGGAUGAUAAACCUCCAUCUAUAUCUAUAUCGAGGACAUCCUCGACAUCCUCUAUAAACUCUACAUCAUCAACUAAAGAAAAGAGGAAAAGUGGAAUACUUUCAUUAUUUAAUAAAGACCAAAAGGAACCAAAAGAAUCAAAAGAAUCAAAAGGAAAACAAAAGGAUGAUAUUAAACAUGCUACAUCGACUAUAGUACCUACAAUUAGUACUACUAAUACUACUACAACUACUUCUACAACAUCAACAUUAAAUGCAAAAGAAUUAAAAGCUUUAGAAAAGGAAAAAGAGAAACAGAGAGAAGCGGAAAAGACAAGACUAAAGGAAGAAGAGGAAAGAAGAAAAGAGGAUGAAAAGAAACGUUUAAAAGAGGAAAAGAAGAGAUCAAAGGAAUUGGAAAAGGAAAAGGAGAAGCAACGCGAACAAGAGAUACAAACAAUCAAAGAACAGGUAAAAGAGUUGAAACGUAAACAAAAGGAACUUAAAAAACAACAGAAAAAGGAUGGUGAAUCAACUCAUAGUCAUGAUAGUACUAGUAGCAUGAUGGACGACGAUGACGACCUAUCAAUAUCAUCGGCACAUUCUUUCAACACUGUGGUUUCAACUAUUGGUGUUGGUUCUAGUACACCUCAGAAAAGAAGAAAAUCACUUGAUAUAUCUGCUCUUGCAAACAAAUUACUUCAUCCUCAUUCACAUGGUCAUAGUAGUGGAGAUUCUUCCAAUCAACAAUCAAAUGUUCAACAACAAAGACGUACACUCGGGCAACAUAGAGGGAAUAGUACAUUGUCAUUUGAUUAUCAAAAGAAUUCUUCAUCAUCCGGAGGAGGAGGAGGAGGAGGAGGGGGAGACACUACACCAAGAAAAUCAGCAACCGACAAUGAUUUAACCUAUACAUCAGGUACUGAUGAUUCUGAUUUCACCUCUACCAAUCCAACUAUUAUAGAAACACCUAGUUUGUCGAUUGACAAUAAUAAUAAUAAUUCUGAAAUGACUCACACCAAGAAUUCGACAUCAUCAAAUUCAUCCCUCACUGCACACUCUCAAAGCCCUCCCAAUACUACAUACUCGGGUAUUGAUGAGAAUUCCUCGACACAACACAUAUCCGAUGCCACUUAUGCAUUGUCUGCAGAAUUUAAAAAGGAAAUGGAGAGAUUCUAUGGUAGAAUAGAAGAUUGUCAGAAAAGAGGAUCAUCCUAUCAAAUAGAACGUAUCAAAGAGCUCAAAGAAGCUCUAAAGGCAGAAUCAACCUCUCCCAUAUCACGACACUCACCCAAGAAACGGUCACUUCUUCAAGGUGGAGACUCCACCUCUCAUCCACAACUACAACAACUACUACAACAACAACAUCAUCAUCACCACCAUCGCAGUUAUUCAACUACUGCAGCACCACAAGAUUUGAAAUGUAUAAUGAAAGAAAUUCAUCCAAGUGGUGGUGAAGUAUCACCUCCCAACUAUGAUACAAACUAUCCUCCAUCAUCAAAUGGUGCAUCUGGUGGCGGUGGAUUAAAAUCAUCAUCUGAUGCCAUCAUGAUGAAUAGUACAGAUUCACCAACAACAUUGGAUAAAAAUCAACAAAGAAAAGGUUUAUUAAGAAGAAGAUGGAAUACACAUAGACUUUCACUUACUCUAACAAGAAAUCAAUUGAAUACAAUUAAUAAUAAUGGUAAUAAUAAUAAUAAUGUAAUAUCAAAUAUAAAUAGUCAACAACAAGAUCAAAGUAAUGUAAAUAGAUUUAUACCAUCAUUUGAUGGUACAAGAUUAAAGAAAUAUUUGCCAACGGUGAAUUUUAAAGGUAUUGGAGAUCAUUUACCUUCAUUCCAAAUUCUACCAAGUCGAAACAAGAAAAAGGAGAUGGAUGCCAAAGACAAGAACCAAGACAACCAAAAACCAACAGAAUUUAAAAAGAAUAUUGAUGAAAUUCUUCAAUCGUUCCAAGAACCAAAACGACCCAAGAUUUCAGUGCUUAAAGAGUACCAAGAGCGAUUACAUCUUAGGAAACCAAUCUACUCUGUCAAUCAACUCUCUACGAUGGGGUCAGAUCUCGAGACCAAAACAUUGCUCCAACAUUCGAGAAUUGUGGAUGAUCUCGAGCGAUGUAAACGUAUCAAUCAAGAGAUCAAGGAACUAAACAGUCGGUUGGACUAUGCCUGUAGCUCAAUCAAAACUAUCGACUCUGACCUCCCAUUUGAGCUUCAAUUACGUGUCGACAAUCUCAAACCAACAGUCGAUAGUAAUCUCAACGACUCUCACAAACUCUAUGAAAAGUCAAAGCGACUGGAAGAAUCGGUUCAAGUCUUGAGAAGACAAUCCAAAAACUCUAGAUAUGCCUACAUUCAUAACAUUUUUGUAAAAUUGUUUAUUACCGGAUGGUUAGUUACCAUCUACUCUUUUUUCAUUGGUAAAUGGAAUAAAAAUAAUGUAAAUAGUGAUAAUAUAGAUGAUAAUAAUAAUAAUAAUAAUUUGGAAUAUAAUAGCAACAACAGUAAUAAUAAUAGUAAUAAUAAUAAUAAUAAUAGUAAUAGUUUGGAAUAUAAUAGUAAUAAUAAUGAUAAUCAAUUACAAAGUGGUAAUAAUAAUCACUCGCUCGUUUUAAAUGGUGCAAGCAUUGGUCAUGGUAAUGACAAUGCUAGUAGUAGUGGUAUUAAUGGUGCAAGUGGAAAUGGUAGCAGCAGUUUGGACAAUUUGGCUGACAAAAAAGAUAAAAAAGAUAUAAUGAAAGUUGCCAUGUCAAAUCUCGAAGCAAUGAGCAGAACCAUCUCUUUGAUGAGAGAAAAUGAACUAGCUGCUCAAGAACACUAA